AUGGAGCUCAAGGACGACACCGUCAUCGUCGUCCUGGGUGCUUCGGGAGACCUGGCAAAGAAGAAGACUUAUCGCAACAAGUUCCUGCCCAAGGACAUCAAGAUCGUCGGAUAUGCUCGCACCAAGAUGGAUCAUGAUGAAUAUGUCCGACGAAUCCGGUCCUAUAUCAAAGUCCCUACCAAGGAGCUCGAGGAGCAGUUGAAUGGGUUCUGCGAGCUCUGCUCCUACAUAUCUGGGCAGUACGACCAGGAUGAAUCCUUCAUCACCCUUAAAAACCACCUGGAGGAAUUAGAAAAGGGCCGAAAGGAGCAAAACAGGGUCUUCUACAUGGCCCUGCCGCCAAGCGUGUUCAUCACCGUCUCCCAACACCUCAAGAAGAACUGCUACCCAGAAAAUGGCAUCACGAGGAUAAUUGUCGAGAAGCCGUUUGGAAAAGAUCUAGGUAGCUCCCGAGAGCUACAGAGGGCUCUUGAACCCAAUUGGCGGGAGGACGAAAUAUUCCGUAUCGAUCACUACCUUGGGAAGGAAAUGGUGAAAAAUAUCCUCAUUCUACGUUUCGGAAAUGAGUUCUUCGGUGCCACCUGGAACCGGCACCACAUAGAUAACGUCCAGAUCACGUUUAAAGAGCCGUUUGGUACUGAAGGCCGUGGCGGCUACUUUGAUGAGUUCGGAAUUGUCAGAGAUGUCAUGCAGAACCAUCUUCUCCAAGUUCUAACCCUGCUUGCCAUGGAGCGUCCGAUAUCGUUCUCUGCAGAAGACAUCCGUGAUGAAAAAGUGAGAGUGUUGAGGGGUAUCGAUGCGAUUGAGCCCAAGAACGUCAUCAUCGGCCAGUAUGGAAAGUCUCUAGACGGCACUAAGCCUGCAUACAAGGAAGAUGAGACUGUCCCCAAGGACUCCAGAUGUGCUACCUUUUGUGCAAUGGUUGCGUAUAUCAAGAACGAGCGAUGGGACGGGGUUCCCUUUAUCCUGAAGGCUGGCAAAGCUCUCAACGAACAAAAGACGGAGAUUCGCAUCCAGUUCCGCGAUGUUACCUCCGGUAUAUUUAAAGAUAUCCCCAGAAACGAGCUGGUCAUUCGUGUCCAGCCCAACGAAUCGGUAUAUAUCAAAAUGAAUUCAAAACUCCCUGGGCUCUCAAUGCAGACCGUUGUCACCGAGCUUGAUCUCACAUACCGUCGACGAUUCUCGGACUUGAAGAUCCCAGAGGCCUAUGAAUCCCUCAUCCUGGAUGCGCUCAAGGGGGAUCAUUCAAACUUUGUCCGUGAUGACGAGCUUGAUGCCAGCUGGAGGAUCUUUACCCCAUUGUUGCACUAUCUUGACGACAACAAAGAAAUAGUCCCAAUGGAGUACCCCUAUGGCUCUCGAGGACCUGCUGUCCUCGAUGACUUCACCUCAUCUUUCGGGUAUAAGUUCAGCGAUGCUGCAGGCUACCAGUGGCCGCUUACCGCAACACCUAACCGCCUGUGA